CCCGAUGUAUCAAGUUGGAGGUUUGGCUCAAAAUGGCCGGAGAGAAACAGUUGUAAGAAUCGACGGCUUUUCAUAUUUUUGGUGGAAAAUGAGCCAUUCUGUCGUUUGAAGGCACUUCCUCCCGAAACCUGGCGAUUCGGGGGGAGUGUGGUGAGGGGGGCGCAGGACCCAAAACCUGGCACCGUCGUGAGUGAGGGGGACUGUGGGAGGAGCUGAAAAGUCUGAUUCAUCUAGUUGUUGGUACCAAAAGAGACCAUCAGAUGAAGAGCCUUCAGUUUCGGAGCAUUGCCCCCAAGGCCCCAGCUGUGGUGCCCUCCCCAUCCCCUGCAGCCCUGUCCUGCCAACCCCCAUCUGUCUUUCCUGAGGCUACCACUGCUUCAAGCCCCAAGUCCAUCCUUGUACCCGCACAAAACUAUGCUCUCAUGCAAAUAGCAGGUCAAGAGGGUACAUUCUCUUUGGUGGCACUCCCCCCUGCUGUAUCCUCUCAGACGCCACAGCAACAAACCCAGUCAAGUCAGAAGAACCUCAAGUUACCUAUUCCCCGAUACCAGUCAAUGAGGAACAAGGGGACUUGUGAUAAGGUCAAAUCCCCAACAUUGGCUUCCAACUUAAAAGUGGCCUCCAAUGCUUCUGUGUUGACUCAGACAGUGGUGAGUGGUUUCAAGAAGAAGAUACAAGAGGCUAAGCAUGCAAGUGAAACCUUUACACCAAAAGAAGAGCCUUCAGAGCAGGUUAUUCUCAUAGACCCAGCCUCCUCAGACAUCUCAGUCAGCGCUCUACUACCAGAAAACGCUGUCCUCUAUCAAGGUUCUCAGCUGGAGCAGACGUCCGACAGCUCAGAACGGUCUGCGGGUCUCAUUCAAAAGGUUGAGUUUCCUCCUCCUGCUGCUGCCACUAGCACCACAGCCAAACCCUCUGAGGAAAAUAAAAGUACUGUGCGGCUGUGCCAGUCGAAAAUUACUGCCGCUCAGGCUCAGAGCGGCAUUGCUGUCCUGUCACCGGCCAUCUUUAGUAAAGCAGUUCAGAUUAUUCCAUCUCCACCGAAGGGUAAGCUGCCUAUUCUCCCCUACUCUAAAAUGAAGAGUACCCUCAUCCCAGCGACCAAGUCCAAUAGCUUAUCCCCAGAAAGGAAGAGUUUGUCUAUACAGUCAGGACUACAGAGCCCCUUAGAAACUCCAUCCAAGAAAUUUAAGUCGGCUGAAGCCACGAGCAAGAACCAGGUACCAAACUGUGUUCAGUUUGGUACCUGCCAAACUGUGCCCCACAUUAAGGAAACACCCAUGUCUGUUACACUGCAGAAACCACCUGGCAAAAAAAGGGGAAGAAAGAGGAAGACCGUGGAAGACAUCUUGGCCUUUGAGGCUCGAAAGAAGAGGUCUUUGUCCUUCUUCCGAAGAAGGGUUCCAGAGAAAGUGCCAGCUAUUAUUCCAAGUUCCAAACAGAAGGAGUUUGACAUUUCAAAGAAAUAUCGCAGCAUUCGACCGAAGCCUGUGUUGGUGAUGGAAACCGUUCCGCAGCUUGUUAGCUUACCUGCCAUUACUCCCAAUAGCAAAGAACAAGAACUCCUAUUCGGUCCCCAGAUCGCUACGACAACCAAAGUCCUUGACUGUCUCCCACAGCCAGCACCAGUAAGUGUCCACCUCAGAGGAGGCUCCCAACCCAGAAUGUUCUUUGGAAGCCGUCCACUCUACCGCUGCUCCAUCUGCAGCCGCUGUUUCCAGUUCAAGCACCACCUCCAAAGCCACAUGAACACGCACACCAACAAUCGGCCCUACAUUUGCCCUUUGUGCCGCAAAGCAUACGCACACCGAGGAAGUCUGAGCACUCACAUGAAGCUUCACCACACCGAGGUGAGACCACGCCGUUCGCUGUGCUGCGAGUUCUGCCAGAAGGCUUUUGGAUAUGUCGGAGUGUACUUUCGUCAUCUGAGAGAGGUUCAUAAAGUGGUGCUGACAGUGGAGCCAUCAGUCUGCCAACACGAGGAUUCAAACAGAGCCACCUCACUAGAACCAUCGGAUGAGCAAGAUCCUGAGGAUCCCGUGGAGCUACAAAUCAAAUGUGGCCGCUGUCAGGUUGUCACUCCCACCUUUGCUGACAUGAAGAUGCAUUUGCUGUACGUCCAUGAAGAAGACAUUCCAAUCCCACCUCACGAUGGCCAAACGUUGGGCAAUCGAGACGCUGAGAACGAGCUGGUGAAGCACGCUGCCCAUUACUGGCGACAGCUAAAUGAGAAGCGCAACCUAGUCAAGUGUGGCAGCUGUGAUGAAGAAUUCUUCUCCCUCUUCAAGCUCAAGAAGCAUAUUAUGUCCCAGCAUUGCGGUAAGCCGGGGCAGGGCGGUGGAUCAUCAUCCUUACCAGAUACCACUGGGAGCUUUAGCGUACUAGCAGCAGGUGCCAAUUUUAACUGUGUGCUCUGCAGCAAAGUGUUGGACACUAAAGAGACGGUUAUGGAGCACUGGAGGAGUCACCACCACUGUGAACACCCCAGCCUGUUGUGGGAUGCUCUGAGCUCCUACCCCGGGCAGGAAGAGUGGGAGGCAGACGGCGGUCUGGACACUCCUGAUCCAAGCCCAGAUUAGAUAUUUAAAGUAGCUCCUUCUCAAAAACACUCAAAAUCAUCAGCACAGGGUUCAGAAGUUGCAUUAACACUUUUUAAAUAAAGUUUUAUCUUUACACACCAUGGGGUAUGUGAAAGGAAAGCAGACUCUAUCUAACCUUUAGGUUUUAUGAGUCACAACAUGAGGCAUUACAACUAGUUAUGGUAUUACUAUUAGGUUACUAUAACUCCAGCUCCUUAGAACCUUCUACACUGAGUUAUUUUGCUUAGCAAAAAGCUGGAAAUAUCAAUUAGGAAAUAAUAACUUGCAUGAGCAGUUGAGGAUCAUCAUGCUACAUAGAAAACUUUGAGUCCUAGCAGGCUGUCCCCUCUAUUUUUUGUUUUGUUUUUGUCUAUCAAAUGUCAUCAUCUAAGGUUGUAUUUACCUAGAAUCAGGAGUUAUGCCGGAUUUCCCCUGGAGCAUCUGCGGUGCGUCUCCAUUGCAUUGCGUGAGGAGUCCAUCUUACGACCGUCCGUCAGUUUACUCGUCUCUGUUGUGUAAUUUGUUCAGCCAUCACUACGUCAUCAACAUCCAAAACUUUGUCAAAUUACAAAGACAAAAAUCAUUUAUGACAUAGUUUAUGUUUUGUGUGAUAAAUUAUGUUGUUUUUAAACUUCCAAAAUAACACUUUGGUCGUUUGUGGCAAAAUAGACAACGGAUGUUACCCACAGAGCUUGUUAUGUGUGUUUAUCACGUGGCCAUGCCACUUUAGAUAAAAAUUUAAUAUGCUAUAUUUUUCUUUUUUUGAAACACAAACCUGUUUCCUGUUUCUCUGACCUUUUGCUGUAAAAUCGAGACGUCAGACGGACAUCAGGCACAGACAUGGCGGAGGCGAUGUAAACGUUAUUAAUGAACGUUCUUUUCUUUUGUGUUAACGCGAUGGAGACGCACCACAGACGCAUCAGGGUAAAACAGGCUUGAGUUUAAAUAAAACAAACAAACAUAUAAAUGAAAAAGAGCGCAGGUUUUUUUUUUUAGAUAAACCUGCUAUAAGAGGAAACAAAAAGACUACCAUGAGUACCAUUUCCCUACUGUUAUGAUUGCACUGUUCUGCUUUAGGAUUUAGAGACUUUUAUUUAUUAUCCUGUUGGAAAACUGAUUGCAAAGUUGUUGCUUUUUUUUACCCGUUUAAAUAUGUAAUCCAUCAAGGAGUAAAACUGUUCUAGAGGCUUGUCACUCUUUGAGUCAUCCAGAAAUUUUCACUUUAACUCUUUCAUUUCACUCUUUCCUUUUUUGACGCACGCAGCUUCUACCACCUAAAUCCACAUAAGAUUACUAAAUGUUUUAGUAUUUCCAUAGUUUACUAGAGUUGGGCUGCACCAUGUGCACCUGUCUGAAUUCAGGGGUGCAUUAUUAUUAUUAUCUUUUUUUUUUUCUUUUCUUUUUUAGCUCACUUGGUGCCAGUUUUAGACUCAGAUGAGGUCAGGACUGGGUACCAGAACUCCUUUGAUUUCUGAGGAGUUCAUAUUUUAGUCUUUAAGACCUUAUUAUGAAAUUCUGCACAAAGUUUGCAUGGCUGGAUAGCACUUACAGAAACUAACACAGCAUUGCAAUAGUAAAAAAACAAAAACAGAAAAAUCCUCCCUUAGCCUUAAAUUAUUAAAGAUGGUAAAGGUCCAUAUCCGUGCAAAGUUUUAGUCUCAAGUAUUGAAAGAUCUUGGAAUUUGUAUUGGCAGCUCACCAUCUUACUAAAGUUAUUACCACCAAACCAGCACCUAAAGGACACUUUGUGGCCUUUCUAAUAGAACAGAAGAGGAGGAAAAAACCCAUCUUUGAUGUGGCGCAUCAUCGCUAUGGAUUUUCGUCAGCUGAGUUCUUGAUUUAACGCCUACGUGUGUGUUUAGUGACAUGCCAAGGGUCUAUCUAUCUGGUGAUUGUAUAAGUAAGUACUGUUUAUGAUUUAGUAACUAUGGAUUACCUGCUGACCUGUCGUUGCCAGCUCAUGUAUGCACUUGUGGAGUUUCGUGCACCCAGACUGAGUACAUAUAAACUGUUGUCAAGUCCAGAUAAAUAUGCUAUUUUAUACUGUAGGUUUAUACAGAGGUCUUUUGGUCUAUAUGCUUGUGAAGGGUCCUGUCCGGGCCAGCACUGAGACCUUUAUGUUUCCUUCUUUUUUGGUUUGGAGGAGGGGGGGCAUUAAUACAUGUAGCUCCGUUUGUUGUCUAUGUUGAUCUUUUUUUAUGAAGAAAAAAAUAAUUCACAGGGUCAAGUGAAUGUACCUGAAUGUUUAAAAAACAGCUUUUUAAAGUAUAUAUAUAUAUGCCAUAUAGACUCAUUAUAUAGAUAGACUAUAGAGAUAUAUUGAGAAUUUAAAAGAAAAAUAAAUAUAUAUAUAUAUUUACAUAGUCACUUCUGCUGCUUUUUUCAGUCCCAGUGGAUUGCAGUGAGAUGCAUAUAAUAUUGAUUCAGAAGCCAUCUAGAGCUGUCCUUAUAUGUCUGACACUAAAGAUAGGAGUGUGAAUGGAGGUCAACCCGCUGAGCUGCACUGCAUGCUGGUCCGUGUUGUCCUGCACUCUCAAGCUCUGACACAAAGCAGGAAGUGACAGAAUCCAGGUCAGUCUCCUUUUUUCCUCAGCUACAUGGAAACCUGCAUAACUGUCUGCACAAGUUGGGAAGUGACACAAUGUGUUUGACUCACUUCAUGUGUUGGUUGUGUCCUUGGGGAAAAAAAAAAAAAUCAAUGACUGAAAGUGUUUGUGAUUGUGACUGUUUGUGUAUCUGAAGAACCUGAUGUGAGAAUAAAGUUUUGCUUUGUUGAAAACAAAGACAACA